AACUGACGAGCCUCACCACAUCCGUGCACCAUAGCGCUAACAACGACGGCAGCACGCAGUUAUACCAAUAUCAGCGAGAGUGGCGGCAUGAUCACCACGCUUGUCUUGGCCAUCGCCACCCUGGCGCUCGCCUCCAGUGCCCAGGCAGGGGUUAGCGAUCCUUGCUUUGAUAGUCCUUGUCGUCUUGGCCAGUGCUACCUUGGCAGUCUAGGCGAGGCCAAGUGCCUAUGCUUCCCAGGAGUGACUGGAGAGCUCUGCGAUCAACGCAUACGCUGUAGUACACUCUCUGCUCCAGCAAACGGUGCAGUGCGCUCGCGCUGGCCAUACGUGAACGGCAGAGCAGCGUUCUCAUGUAACACAGGGUAUGCGCUGUAUGGAAAUCACAUUCUGACCUGCACUACCACUGGACAAUGGAGUGAUGCAGCUCCAUACUGCAGGCGUAAAGUAACAUGCAGUACUCCACCGGGAAUUGAGAAUGGAAUCGUCCAGGGAACCGGCUCAGGGGUAUCGAGCGCUAAUCCCAAUGGAGCUGGACACUUGGGAUUGAGAGCACAGUACCGAUGCAACGGUGGAUACCGGCUCGUUGGGCAAUCGUACCGUACAUGUCAGCAGAACGGGCAGUGGAGCGGAGAGAGUCCUCGUUGUGAACCCAUUGCAGUGCAAUGUGGACCUGCACCCGGUAUUGAGAAUGGAGGACACCGUGGAACAGGUCCAGGAGUGUCAAGCGAGAAUCCAGAUGGAGCUAACCAAUUGGGAGUCACCAUUCAGUACAGUUGUCUGCCUGGCUACCGACUCUUUGGAUCCCAACAGCGCACGUGUCAACAGAAUGGUCAGUGGAGCGGCCAGCCAGCACGGUGUGUGCCCGCUAUAGUUCAAUGCGGGCCUGCACCAGGGAUUGAAAAUGGUGGUCACCGCGGAACAGGAUCAGGAGUAUCAAGUGAAAAUCCAGAUGGAGCUAACCAAUUGGGAGUCACCAUUCGGUACAGUUGUCUGCCUGGUUACCGACUGAUUGGAUCACAACAGCGCACGUGUCAACAGAAUGGUCAGUGGAGCGGCCAGCCAGCACAAUGUGUGCCCACUAUAGUUCAAUGCGGGCCUGCACCAGGGAUUGAAAAUGGAGGACACGGCGGAACAGGAUCAGGAGUGUCGAGUGAGAAUCCAGAUGGAGCUAACCAAUUGGGAGUCACUAUUCGGUACAGUUGUCUGCCUGGCUACCGACUCACAGGAUCACAACAGCGCACGUGUCAACAGAACGGUCAGUGGAGCGGCCAGCCAGCACAAUGUGUACCAGAAGAAACUGGUUGUGUGGAUGAAUCUGGAAAGAGACGAACCGAGGGCUCUAGUUGGAUGGUAGCCUCCGGUUUUACGGGAUGUCAGCAAUGCUAUUGUCAGCCGCAGCUUGGUACAGUUCGAUGUGCUGAUCUGGCGCUUGAUUGCCACUUUUCACCGCCAUGCUCGGAAGACUUUGAUUAUGUGCCUCCUGCCAACUCCUGUGUAUGUUUCACAUGCCGCCCAAAGGAAGUUGUCCAGUGCCCUCAGUUUACACCGAUUGCAAAUGGUGGUUUGACUCUAAGCAGUCGACGAGUGGGUGCGACUGCCCGGUUCCGAUGUCUUCCUGGUUUCACACUUCAAGGGUCAGCCGAACGUACAUGCCAGGCUAACGGAGAAUGGGAUGGAGAAGACGCAACUUGUGUGCAUUCUACAGAAACUGUUUGUGUGGAUGAAUCUGGAGAGAGACAUGCCGAGGGCUCUAGUUGGACGGCGGCGUCUGGUUUUACGGGAUGUCAGCAAUGCUAUUGUCAGCUUGGCGCAGCUCGAUGUGCUCGUAUAGCGCUUGAUUGCCACUUUUCACCGCCAUGCUCGGAAGACUUUGACCGUGUUCCUCCUGCCAACUCCUGUGUAUGUUUCACAUGCCGCCCAAAAGAAGCUCUCCAAUGCCCUCAGUUCACACGCAUUGCAAACGGCGGUUUGACUUUAACAAGCCGACGAGUGGGUGCGACUGCCCGGUUCCAAUGUCUUCUUGGUUUCACACUGCAAGGGUCAGCCGAACGUACAUGCCAGGCUAACGGAGAAUGGGAUGGAGAAGACGCAACUUGUGUGCGUUCUACAGAAACUGUUUGUGUGGAUGAAUCUGGAGAGAGACAUGCUGAGGGCUCUAGUUGGAUGGUGGCGUCUGGUUUUACGGGAUGUCAGGAAUGCUAUUGUCAGCUUGGCGCAGUUCGAUGUGCUCGUAUAGCGCUUGAUUGCGCCUUUUCACCGCCAUGCUCGGAAGACUUUGACCGUGUGCCUCCUGCCAACUCCUGUGUAUGUUUCACAUGCCGCCCAAAAGAAGCUCUUCAAUGCCCUCAGUUUACAUCCAUUAGCAAUGGUGGUUUGGGUCUAUCAAGUCGGCGAGUGGGUGCGACUGCCCGGUUCCAAUGUCUUCCUGGUUUCACACUUCAAGGGUCAGCCGAACGUACAUGCCAGGCUAACGGAGAGUGGGAUGGAGAAGAUGUGACAUGUGUGCGCAACAAUGGCUGCCAAGACACAUUAGGAAAGACUCAUGCUGCGGGUUCCUCCUGGCUCAUGGCUAAUAGAGGCUGCCAUUCGUGCCAGUGCCAUAAUGGCCAGGCAAGGUGCAACCAACUGAUCAUCGACUGCCAACUUCUACCGCCCUGCCAGGAAGGUUACGAAACUGUUCCAGCUGCUGACGCCUGCGAAUGCCAGUCUUGUCGACCACGCCAAGAGGUGAGAUGCCCGCCAUUCCAAUCCGUCCAGCCUGGCCUGGGAGUGCAGAUGAACAGUAAUAGGGUCGGUGCUGUUGCCAGGUUCAGCUGCGCACGAUUCUACGGCCUAUUGGGCUCUGAAGAGCGUGUGUGCCAAGCCAACGGGCAAUGGGAUGGAGAAGAAACCAGAUGUGUCCCUACAUAAGCGUCACACCGUACCUUCAAAUCAACUCGGAUCUUCUUUUCACAUGCCACGAAAGAUUUGUAUGAAUAGCCAGUCACGGUGUGACGUUCAUUUCAUGUUACGUUGUAUGUAAUCCAUGCACUGUCAUGUGAGUGUUGCACAGAUACAUCCUGCAUGUGCACGUCACUGUGGAACAUGUGAUCAUGCUAUACCUUCUGUGCUGCUUUCCGCCAUGGGUGCAUAUCUGAAAUACUUCUCCUGCAAUUAAUGUCAGUUCUCUCAUCUCUGCACUGUCUAUAUCCUGAAACAAUCCCCUUGCUCGCUGCUCUCAAGCUCCUACUUCAAACCAGCUGCUACACUCCCCAUCUAGUCCAGAUAUCUUCUCUCCAGUAUGUUAUGAUGUACUUCUACCAUAGCAUCACCUUCUUUAUCCUUCCCCUUGGGUCCCAUUUUGGAACAUCAUGUUGAAUCUGUUUUAUCCGUUCGGUGUGCCUCUGGCGUCUUUUGAAACUUGAAAAUGUACUCUGACAAAAUAUACUC